AUAACGUUCAUUAACCUAACUUUAUUAUUUCUAGUUAACAUUAUUUAUUUCAAAGCAGAAAAAAGAAGUUGACCCCCGGAAGGAAAGCUUUCGCCAAUAUCCAACGCCACCUCUCUGUUCACCAUUUUCAGUCACAAUCUAUGCAACAACCCACAUCUUUUGGAGGUUUCGUUUCUCCAUACAAAUCAACACAAUGGAAGCAGGUGUAAGGAGUGAUUUCUGCAUGGACUUAGGAAACCGUUUAGCAAACGGGCAAGGCAAGCAUCCUCUAUUUUCCUUUGGUGUUAUUUCUGAUGUUCAGUAUGCGGAUGUCCCUGAUGGUCACUCAUUCCUUGGUGUUCCUCGGUAUUAUAGACAUAGUAUUCUUGUUUUGCAAAGGGCAGUGAAGAACUGGAACGACCACAAGAAUCUUAACUUUGUGAUUAAUUUCGGAGAUAUUAUUGAUGGGAAGUGUCCCAAGGAUCAAUCUCUAAAUGCUGUGAAGAAAGUAGUCAGUGAGCUUGAAAAUUUUCAUGGUCCCGUGUAUCACAUGAUUGGAAAUCACUGUCUUUACAAUCUCCCACGGGAUAAGUUGCUUCCUUUAUUGAAUAUCCCGAAUCAUGGUGAUGAUUGCACUCACGCAUACUAUGACUUUUCACCAACACUGGGAUACAGAUUUGUUGUAUUGGAUGGAUAUGAUAUUAGUGCAAUUGGAUGGCCUCAUGACCAUCCGAAUAGACUGGAGGCCUUGAAAAUCCUGAGUGAAAAAAACCCGAAUUCAGAUAAAAACAGCCCAGAGGGACUGAAGGGUGUUGAUAGAAGGUUCGUUAUGUUCAAUGGAGCAGUCGGAAAUAAGCAAAUGGAAUGGCUGGAUAAUGUACUUAAGGAUGCAACAAAUAUGAAACAGAAAGUGAUAAUAUGUUGUCAUGUGCCAUUAGAUCCAGGUGCAACAAGCAAAACAACGCUUUUAUGGAACUACGACCAAGUAAUGGACCUGAUUCACCAGUACGAUUGUGUGAAGGUUUGCCUCAGCGGACACAAUCAUCAAGGAGGAUAUUCAGUUGAUUCUCGUGGAGUUCAUCACAGGGUGCUUGAUGCUGCUUUAGAGUGUCCUCCUGGGACCAAUGCGUUCGGGUAUAUAGACGUUUAUGACAACAUGUUGUCGCUUGUUGGCACAGAUCGAAUGAAAAGCACCGAUUUUUGUUUCGAUUUCUAGACAAAUAUUUCUAAAAGAUCAAUUCUUUCAUCAAAGAUGAUGGAGUGUAUAUUACUGUAAUUUUCAUCGACUGAAGUUAAUCCAUUUACAAUAAUAGAGCAAAGUGGAGAUUUUCAAGUCAUUGAGGGUAAACAUUCAUCGACUGAAGUUAAUCCAUUUACAAUAAUAGAGCAAAGUGGAGAUUUUCAAGUCAUUGAGGGUAAACAAACAAUGAAAGGGGAAAGCAAGUUGUAUCCAUGUGCAGUGCAUAAUCACAGAUAAGCCUUGCAGUUAAAUGAUUUUAUUAUAAAUUUAUCGUCAUUAUAUAUAUGAGCUUGCGCACUUAUCUAGAACAGAUCAAGAAAGAAGAAAUAAAAGAAAGAAUUUCAUAAAACAGCUAGAUGUGGGAAUUAUUGGAGCAUGUAUAUGAAUGUGAUACAAUGUGCGUUGCUUUGUCCAAUUCUGAGCCACUUGUUUGAAUCCCAGCUGUGAUUUCCAUUUUCUGCUCAAUAAUGGAGUCAAUAUCCCUUCACCACACCAUGAUGUCCCAUAACACGAAAGAUUGAAGCCCCAUUUUGGUUCACAAUCUUAUGGUAUUGAUGGUGAUGUCAUUCAAUAUUCCAGGCAUAAAGGAACAAGCAAAAUUCUGAUGAGCCACCAUGGUUAAGCCCUUCUAAUGAACCACUGCUCCCUGUUUGAGAUGACAGUGAUGAUGAUGAUGAUGAUAAUGGUGUGGACGAUGAUGAUGUUGAUGAUGAAACAGGCUUGAAUAUAAACAAGGCAUGCCUUAACCCAGGGCUAAAAAGCCAAUCAUGAACAUCCCAGUAAACUUGUAAUCUUCUUUUGU